AUGUCGUCCCACUCCAGCCCAGCACACCCGGCUUCCGACGUCAGCUCUCCGAGCUCCCCUGCAGCGUCUCCCUCUGCUCCUCAAUCUCCAUCGUCCGAUGCCCUUGACGUCGAGCUCGUCGAGCGUCAGAAUGAGCUGGAAGACCGUGAAUGGGAGCUGGACCUGCGCGAGGCUGCAAUCAAUGACGUCGCUAAUCAAAUCUCGGACCGAGAGAUCGAUGUUCGUGCUCGUGAGCGGCGCCUAACUCAACUGGUGAUCAAUUGGACCGGUGUCCAGAUUCCAGCCGACCAGCCCAUGUACGAGUUCCUCGAGCAAUUUGACUGGACGACGUUGCUAGUUCCUCCGGGAUUUUUUGGCAGCGGCAUUGCCUUGACCGACAACGUCCCUCAACCAGCUCCAGCCGUCCAGCAGAUGCCAAUGGGACCAGCAUCAUCUGCAGACCGUAGCUCUGGCCAUCGCGAGGCUAAGGCGACUGCUUCGACCAGCACUCGAGCUGUGAAGCGCAAGCGUUCGGCUGAAGGCGAGACCAGCACGGAGGCAAAUCCCGGCAACUCAAAGAAGGCCAAAGUCGUCAUCGACCUCACGGGUGAUGACUGA